AUGAGCCCGCCCAUAACCCGGGCCGCUGCAAUAGCUUCGGGUCUUGCCAAAGUCGCAAGGGCGGCAGAGAAAAAGGGCACAAGGUCGAAGCAGGCCCAGGUAGCCGCUGCCGUGUCGCAACUGAAAAAGGUCAAGAAGCCAAAGAAGGCCUCUGUACCCGAUGAAGCUCCCAAUGAAGCUCCCAAUGACGAGCCGAGGGCAAAGGACGUGUCGGAAACUCCCCGCUACAAGAACCUCGCCUCAUAUCGAAACCGUUACACCUACUACCCUCACCAGGACUUUCCACUAGGCGACACUCUGGCCAAAACCCUCGGUCGACACAAGCCCGUUGGCCCCGCUGGCAAGGACAAAUACCCAGACACUGUCGACGUCGUCAGCCCUGCACUGUGCGACGACAUUCUCAACUACCUUGGUCCAGACCUCGACAAGUACAAGGGCUGCGACAUCAUCGACAUCCACCCUGGCGCAUGUCUGUGGUCGCAGAAGAUCCACCAUUACCUCAAGCCACGACGCCAUGUCCUUCUGGAGCCAGACGAGCGUUAUCUGGACGACUUCAUCAAUCCUCUGCUGGAACAGAAGGACUCUGCCUACCGUCACACCACCCUAUCGGGCGCUCACCCAAAGGACUACUUUGAAACAUAUGACAAGAUCUUCAACGAUCAUCUCUUGCCAAAGAGAGACCCCCUGCCUGCCAACGAUCCCCGUCUGCGCGAACCAAACAACUCGCUGCUCGUUAUCGGGAGUCUGGUCCGUCGCUACGGUGGCGUUCGCCAGACUUCUAACGCUGUCCAUUUCCCCAAUCUGAUACUGCUUCAAAUGGCCGAAUUCGCUCAGACGAACAACAUGUUCCAACGCUACGGCUUGGUCCGCGCCCUACUCUGGACUCCCGACGAGAUAAAGGCAACUGUUAUGCCUGAUUCCAUCCUGACCAGACUGGGUUACUCUAUCAAUCUCGAGUCGGCCUUUGAUUUGGCAGAAGUCGUCAAUGGCGACCGCUCUCAACUCUCUCGUACCGAUGCCAUGAAAAGGAUCCUCUUUGCUCGCCAGCGGCAGCAUGAACUUGAUCUUUGGGGCGCACGGAAAGUGCUUGCACGUAUGGAGGAGAACAACAUGGCCCUUCCUGAACACCGUCGGCCGGAACUGCACAAGAAAGCCUUAGAAGCCGAUGAUGAAAGUCUGGACGCGUAUAACCCCGUUCGUCUACCCGAGGCUGGACCAAUACAAGAGCUUAUGGCACGCCAUGAGGACCAUCUCAAGAAACUGGAACAAAUUGCCGCGCUUCCUCAGAAACAGAGUGUCCAGACUAUGGCACGCCAUGAGGAAUCUCUCAGGAAACUGGAACAAACUGCUACGCUUCCUCAGAAACAGGGCAUCCAGAUCAUCCGGGACUUGAAGCCUAAAUGCAAACUCACAAGCACUAGCCAAGCAGCGCUGACAGAGAUGGAGCAACACUUUUGCAGACUUUACCUGGAUGUCUGGGGUGUUCAAAUUGCCCUUGAACAAGACUUUGCUGCAAAGAAGGCCAAUAUGACUGAAGACACACUAGCUGGCUUGGAGUCGCGCCUUCUUGCCACCAGCGAUCAGCUUACCGGCAUGCUAGGGAAGCUUGUUAGAAACUCGCAAAAGCGCAAGACAAUAACCAUCAUGCUCAGCGAGAUAUUCGCGCUUUGCAAAGCGAGGCCAGCGAUGGCAUGGGACCGACGACCCUAUGAGGCCAUCGUGGCCAAGGAAGAGGAAUUCUGGCCACGCUUCCCAAUGCAACUGCUUGACUUGAAGCCAAGACAGGAAGCGCUUGGGGAUGACUUGAUGGGCACUACCGAAUCCGACCAGAUCAGGCGUGGUCUGGCCAAAUCGCUUUUCACCCAUUCAGCAGUGCCACUGGUGGAAUCCAUCGACAGGCUUGGUCCAGGAGCUCGUGAGUUCCUCGUAGUUCCCGCGUUCAAAGAUGCUCUUUUGGGUGGAAGAUUGGACCCGAAGCUGCUCUUGACCAGAGACAUCACGUUCGAAUUAUUGAACGCGCUCACAAGAGCGUACAUUGAAUGGCCGUUCCGACCCGAAGGCCUAGACGCGAUCGAAACAAAGGCGAUCGAGGCAGGCGCAUCAGUGUAG